AUGGGGGGCGGCGAGUUGCCAGGCGCCCAAGGGAAGCAAUCGGGCGCUAAGGGUCUCCACCGCUCCAAGAGUGAGCGUUCCCCCGUCGCUGCGCUCGCUCUGCUGCCGCUGGACAAGGGCAACAACUCUGUUACCCCUCGGCCUUCGAUUCGCGUCUCUCGACUUACAAAGACCAUCAUCGCUGCCACCGUCUCGGUCGUGCUUCUUAAUACCCCACCUUUUGGAGACACUGCAGCGCCCCAUCGCAUCUUCGUCUGGCUUCAGCACGUGCUCAUCACCAUGGCAGGAAUCUGCCGCAACCGCCUCGCCGAGGAGCGCAAGCAGUGGCGCAAAGACCAUCCAUUCGGCUUCUACGCACGCCCCGCCAAGGCCGCCGACGGCUCGCUAGACCUCAUGAAUUGGGAAGUCGGCAUCCCCGGCAAAGCUAACACACCAUGGGAGGGAGGGCUGUACAAGCUGCGCAUGAUGUUUCCCGAAGAAUACCCGAGCAAGCCGCCCAAGUGCAAGUUCACGCCGCCGCUCUUCCAUCCCAACGUCUUUCCCUCGGGCACCGUCUGCCUGAGCAUCCUCGACGAGGACAAGGGCUGGAAGCCGGCCAUCACGAUCAAGCAGAUCCUGCUCGGCAUUCAAGAUCUGCUCAACGAUCCCAACCCGCACGAUCCCGCACAGAGCGAGGCCUUCACCAUGUUCCAAAAGGACGCCACCGCCUACGAGCGCAGAGUGCGUCAGCAGGCGCGCGAAAUGGCCACCGCCGUCUAG